AGUGUGGCUGUUUACAAGGAAACACGCAAUGGAAUGGUCGGAUCAGACUAUUCAACUAAAUUUUCAACUUGGUUGGCACAUGGGUGUUUAUCUCCACGACAGAUCUAUUGGGAACUAAAGAAAUAUGAGGCAAAGAGAACAUCAAACCAGUCCACAUAUUGGGUUGUAUUUGAACUGUUGUGGCGCGACUACUUUAAAUAUGUUGGACUGAAGUAUGGAGAUAAACUUUUCUAUUUAGAUGGUGUAAUGGGGAAGCACAUUGAGUGGAAACGAGACCAAAAGCUAUUUGAAGCUUGGAAAGAGGGUAGAACAGGUGUCCCUUAUGUUGAUGCAAACAUGAGAGAGAUGGCAGCUACUGGUUUCAUGUCAAACAGAGGCAGACAGAAUGUUGCUAGUUUUCUCACUAAAGAUCUGAAGCUGGAUUGGAGGAUGGGAGCAGAAUGGUUUGAAUCAAUGCUGAUUGACCAUGAUGUAUGCAGUAACUAUGGCAACUGGCAAUAUAGCGCUGGUAUUGGCAAUGACCCCCGUCAAGACAGGAAGUUCAACAUGGUGAAACAGGGACUCGAUUACGACCCCCAGGGAGAGUAUGUGAGACUUUGGGUGCCUGAGCUGGAGAAUCUCAAGACUGGUGAUGUGCACACCCCUUGGGCUCUAUCUACAGGGCAACUGGCUAAUGCUAAUAUAGAGCUUGGCAACACAUACCCUAAUCCUAUAGUGGUUGCCCCUGAGUGGAGCCGACACAGUAAAAAGGUGGUUCAGAUAGAGGGUCAGGUCGUGGAGGGGGUAGAGGUAGAGGGGGACAGAAUAGUAGCCGUGGGGGGAGAGGACAUCAAAGAGGCAUCGACUUCUACUUCCAGAACUCUAACCCAACAACAUAAUGUUCUUAAGAGUUCAACAUAGUGUUCUCAUCAAUACUACUACUCUACAAUAAAACAUGUGUUUGUGGAACACCUUCGUAUCUCUAAAAAGUGUUCGACUUGGGAGGUGUUUCGCUUACAGUGGACCAUUUUGAACUUUAAGUCAGUUGGUCAUUG